CACCUAGCUGGCCCGGAAGUAUCCGAUUUAAAGAUGGCAAAGUUCUUUGCAUUGAAAAACUUCACUGCACUUUCCGAUCUUCAUCCAAAUAUGGCCAAUCUGAAAAUAAUCGGAAUAGUUAUUGGGAAAACAGAUGUCAAAGGCUUUCCAGACAGAAAAAAUAUUGGAUCAGAAAGAUACACUUUUAGUUUCACCAUUCGUGACUCGCCAAGUCACUUUGUGAAUGUAUCCUCCUGGGGCAGUGAGGACUACAUCCGCUCGCUGUCAGAGAGCUUCAGGGUUGCUGAGUGUGUGAUAAUUGAAAAUCCCCUGAUCCAAAGAAAGGAGACAGAAAGAGAAGAAAAGUUUAGCCCUGCAACUCCUAGCAACUAUAAACUAUUGCUCAGUGAGAAUCACUCAAUGGUAAAAGUUUGUUCCCCUUAUGAAGUGGAUACCAAGUUACUUUCUUUGAUACACUUGCCUGUUAAAGAAUCUGGAGAUUAUUAUUCAUUGGCUGACAUUGUUGCAAAUGGACACAGUCUUGAUGGGAGGAUUAUUAAUGUGCUUGCAGCUGUGAGAUCGGUUGGAGAAUCAAAAUACUUUACAACUUCAGACCGAAGAAAAGGCCAGAGAUGUGAAGUUAAACUCUUUGAUGAAACAGAACCUUCUUUCACAAUGACAUGUUGGGAUAAUGAAUCCAUUCUACUUGCACAGAGCUGGAUGCCACGAGAAACAGUAAUAUUUGCCUCUGAUGUGAGAAUAAAUUUUAACAAAUUUCAGAACUGCAUGGCAGCAACUGUAAUCUCAAAGACCAUUAUCACAGUGAAUCCAGAUACACCAGAAGCCAAUAUCCUACUGAAUUAUAUAAGAGAAAAUAAAGAGACAAAUGUAGCUGAUGAAAUUGACAGUUAUUUGAAAGAAUCCGUAAACUUAAACACAAUAGUUAAUGUCUAUACAGUGGAACAGUUAAAAGUAAAAGCUUUGAAAAGUGAAGGAAAAGCUGAUCCUUUCUAUGGCAUCCUUUAUGCUUACAUUUCUACAUUGAACAUUGAUGAUGAAACUACCAAAGUAGUUAGAAAUAGAUGUUCCAGCUGUGGUUAUAUUGUAAAUGAAGCCUCCAAUACUUGUACAACUUGCAACCAAGAUUCCUCCAGAUUUAAAUCUCUUUUUCUCAGUUUUGAUGUGCUAGUUGAUCUUACUGACCACACUGGAACACUCCAUUCCUGCAGUCUCUCGGGAAGUAUUGCUGAGGAAACUUUGGGAUGCACGAUAAAUGAGUUUCUCUCAAUGACAAGUGAACAGAAAACAAAGCUGAAGUGGCAACUUCUUUUGGAAAGAAGCAAAAUUUAUUUAAAAUUGAUUUUAUCACACAGAGCAAGGGGUGGACUGAAAGUUACCAUACUCUCCUGUAAGCUUGCAGAUCCUACUGAGGCAAGCAGGAACCUGGCUAGACAAGGACACACUUAAAACCAGAUUUUGCUCCAAAUUCUGGGAAAAUAUAGACAUUUAACUCUUACGAUGUAAUGUUAGCUUGAAAAUUAUGUGUAAAAUUACAUUUUGCCUAAAUGUGGUAAAAGUAUUUCUUAGAGUGCCACGGUUUCCUUCUCGAGUUAGCUCAGCCCCCUGGAAUACCAUUUCUAUUAACCUUACCCUGCCUUCUCUCACAUGGGGAAAUGUUUGCUUAUGUACAGAAAUAAACAUGCUUGGUCUUCCUC